AACAUCUGUUAAGAGAGAAAAAAAUUCCAAACAAUUAUAAUCAAAGAGAUUUAAUUCUCUUAAUUAAUUUAAUUAUCAACACUAUGGUGAUUCUUAUUUAGAAAGAAAACUGUGAUACAAUCAAUUAACGUUUCUCCUUCAUCAUGUUCAAGUGUUUUCUUUUAUUUAUUUACUUUUUCACCUUAACACAGGUUUCCACCAGUAAAAGGAUUGCAUUAGGUAAAAUUUAUCGAUCCAUUGAGAGUAAAUACUUUUGUUUCCGCCGUUUAAAUGCUACUCAUCAGUUUGGAUGUCAAUCAGAUUUCUCGGGCUCCAUUGGUGUUCUUCAUCUAGUUAAUUCACAUUCGUCUGAUACACCAACUGUCGUUGAUGAAGAUGAUGUUUCAUUCAUCACCUCGAAAGGAGCAACACCUCCUUAUAUACCUGUAGUGAGUGUUGAUUUGUUAUCAACCAAAUUGAUGGAAUCUUUUCGUGAUUCUGGUCGAGUCUCUGGAGUAAUUGUCAUCAAGCGAAACAACACUAACCUUAAUGUCUUCUCUCCGGAUAAAUCUUGCCCCAAUGAUGAAUAUGGAUUAUAUUCUAGUUUAUUUAAUCGUAGUUAUUCUGAUUAUGAUCAUUGUAAGAAACAAGAGUGGAACAAUCCUACAAAUAAUCCAGUCUCAGAAUUAUUUUAUCGAGAUUUUAGUUUCCCUGCUUUGCUGAUUGAGAAAGAAGAUGAUAUUGUUAACAUAGAAGAAUGUAUUUCUAAAUACGGUGUUACAAAAGCUAAUUCCAAACGUUCUUGGCCUCUCUGUUCAGCGGAAUUGUUUGUUCGCAUGAAUGCAGCCAAAGACUCGAAGACUUGUAUGCGUCGGAAUAAUUUCAAUGGAUUCCAAUUCGACAGUGCGAUUCAUUACUGUGAUCCAUUGGGUUCUUACAAUAUUUUCAAUCCUCUCAUUCCAAUUGUACCAUCACAACCAGUGCCCGAUAAAUCAUUGAUUGUUUUAGCUUCACGCCUUGAUUCAUAUUCCAUUUUCUUUGACAAAACACCAGGAGCUGAUUCACCAAUCACCGGUUUGGUAACUAUUCUGUCAAUAGCUGAAACACUUGGUAAAAUAAGAGCUAGAAUUGAAUCUAAUCGAAAAUCAAAUCGAAAUCUUUUAAUCUCUCUAUUUAACGGAGAAUCUUUUGAUUACAUUGGCUCUGGUCGUACAGCUUACGAUUUAAAAAAUAAAGCUCUUCAACCUCUCGCCUCGGUGGAUUUCAAAAAGCUCAAUAUAACAACCCUAACCCUUGAUCAAUUGGCUAAUUUCAUUGAGCUUGAACAAUUAGCACCACACUCAUCAGAAGACCUUUAUCUACACACUGAUCCAAUUUCAACGAAUGAUCCUGAAACUGAAAGAAACGUCGAUGAUUUAAUCGCUAAUCUUCAAUCGGCGAGAGUUAUUUCAUUCAACAGAUCUCCACCAGAUUAUCCUUUACCACCAGCGUCCUUUCAAAGUUUCCUCCGCGAAAAUAUCAAACUCCCCGGUGUUGUAAUCUCCAACCACAAUGGAACCUACGAAAAUAAAUACUACAAUAGUAUCGCUGAUGAUUAUAAGAACAUUAAAUUUAACAGAGACUCUAAAAGUGAUGAUCAAAUAGUCAGACAUUUAACAUCAAUUUCUACACAAAUGUCUCAAUCAAUUUACAAAAUGUUAACCGAUGAAACGGAUCCCACAAUCGAAAGUGAUCCACAAACAAUCACCGAUCUCCUUUACUGUCUCGUAAUCGAUGCUUCUUGUCCCCUUUUCGCUAAACAUGGUUUCAAUAUUAGUUCAUCUCAAUUUGACGGAAUAAAUACUUUACCAUUAUACGUUUCGGUUCGUCAAGUUACCAGCAAUUUCUUUUUGAUAAGUCUUAUUGCUCAAAUUCUCGCGACUUUUACCGGAAUAUUACACGAAGUUGAUUUAAAACAAUGUGAUAAGUUAAAGAAAGAAAAUCAAUGGCUUAAUUAUCAUUUCAUCCAAGGAUUAAGUUCUAACGGUACAUGUGUUGAAUCUCAGGUAUUCGUAUCCGAAGCCGUUUCUCCUGUUUUCAUUGAAGAUGAGCCCGAUUGGUCUUUACCUUAUUCCACUUGGACUGAAAGCGUUUGGGAUAGUCCAACAAUUCGUAUCUUCCUACAACCGGGUCCAAAUCAAGAAUGGUUCACGUUAACCGGUGGAAUACUAAUCACUUUAUUGUCUUUUAUAAUUGUCCGAUUUCUUCGUAAUCAAUCCAAGACUCUUUUUAAAUUACCAAGUGAUAAUGGUGUUAGUUUAAUGAGAGAAACCGGUGUUGAUUGUUAGAUCAGUCCACAAAUUAUGUUACCAUGAUGGAUCUAAAUCAUAGUCUUCUCAAUCAGUCAAAUAGUGAUCGAGUUAAUUGUCCAGGUUUACCUGAGAAAAAUUUACCAAUCUCUGAUUUAUGACGAUAAUUAUGACAUUCACUUUACAAUUCUCUAGAUUUAAAUUGUUUAGUUUUCUUUUUCUAUCUCAAAAAUUUAAAAUGAACAUUUAAAACAAAUAAGAGUGAAUGUUUGGAGAAAUUGAUUAAUGAUUUUAAUCCAACAUGGUAACAUGAUUUGUGGGUCACCAGAGAUAAUCUAUCAAAUUAACAAUCAUGGUUAAGUGUCUAUCAGUUAAUUACUAUGUUUGUUACCACUAAUCCUCAUCAGUAUAUAAUUAUGAGUAAUCUAAUCAGAAAUACAGAAUCUGAAAAUCGAGUUAAUUAUUGUGAAAUCAAAAACACCAAAAGACAAACACACAAUCAAUUAAGAUCCAAUAAUCGAAACCUCAACAACUCCUUAACAAGAUGAGUUUUUAAAUCACACAAAUCAAUUGCUACCCAAUUUUGCCAUCCCAAUUUGUUGAUUACGAUCAAUUUGACAUUAACAUAUAAUAUUUAAACUUUUUUUUUCGACGAGAAAAAACAAACAAACAAAAUGAAACCCAAAUCAAUUGAAUUAACUGAACGACAAUAAUUUCAUACAAUUUAUCAUGUAAUUUACAACAAUUUCAAGUGUAUUCGAAUCAACUAUCCACUUUUGUAAUCGAGCAUCAAUUAAACAUCAUCUAACUGUCAA